ACCCGCGUAUAAAAAACAUACAAAAAUAUUUCAUUUGCCAAUUACUUUUCUGGCAAUUUUGGCAAUUCUGUUCGCGUUGUUUUUCUCAUCGUCAUAGUUCAAACAUCGUUCUCCAUACCGACUAACGACAAUAAUAAAGACUCACUUACCGACCGUUCAUAAUGACCUCGUGAAAUUUUGUCCGAUGCCCGCAGUUGACAGCUUACUAGUCAACUUGUUUAACCCACUACUGAUCAACAGGAGGUUGAUUUCAGCGGAAAAUUUACAAGUGCAUAUUUUACAGUACAGUGCAGUGUGUCAAGUGUGUACAGUUUGAAACCGCGACUGAAGAUGGCAACCGUUGUGUCCGUUACUUCGAAGCGACUCUCUUGAAGGAUCCUGUUGCAAAAAUUUUCUUGUCGUAUUUGCAGCCGGCAGCCGGUCAAUCGUAUCUAUAUAUAUACUUUUGUUGAUCAUACUUUGAGGUUAUGUCAACUGUCAACGUAUAAUACCUUAAUACACGAGUUUAUAAAUAUGAAUUUGCUACCCAAGACUCACGAAGAAUUCAGCAAAGCUGAAUAUUGGAACGAAUUCUUCAAGAAGAGAGGAAAAAAAGCAUUUGAAUGGUACGGCGAAUAUCCGGAAUUAUGUGGGCAGCUGUUGAAGUACAUUAAACCUAAAGACGAUGUUUUGGUCGUGGGAUGCGGAAACUCUACACUCAGCAUGGAUUUAUACGACGUUGGUUACAGGAAAGUUACGAGCAUAGAUAUAUCGAAAAUCGUAAUAAAGCAGAUGAAUGAAAAGAAUAAGGAGCAAAGACCUGAUUUAACAUACGAAUGUAUGGACGCGACUGAAAUGACGUACCAGAGUGAGAAAUUCAGCGUGGUCCUUGACAAGGGAACUUUUGAUGCGCUUAUGCCAGAUUCUGACGUUGAAACCCUGGAUCGUAUCGAUAAAUAUUUGAAUGAAAUUUCGAGGGUUCUCAAAAGAGGCGGUCGUUACGUGUGCAUAACUCUACUUCAAGAACACAUUUUACGAAAACUCGUCGCAUAUUUCCCCUCUCACGAAUUUAUGCUUCGAGUUUCUCGAUGCUAUGAAGCCGAAGCCAAAACACGGGAGGACGAAGGCUCUGCGUUUCCAGUUUUCGUUGUCAUUGCAACGAAAUUUCCUGGAUUGCCACGUCCGGUUCUCGAGCUGGCUUUGACGGACGAUAAAACAGUCAGGGUCACAGAUCCCGAUGAUAUUAUAAAUGGGAUUUUGGGGGCACAACAAUCCGCUCUCGUCUGCAACACUUUAAACAAAAGAAGCGUUUCUGACCUCGGAGAAGUUUCAUUGGAUUUAUGUCGACCUGGUGACGAUCAACCUCGAUUCACGAUACACAUUCUAGACAGACGAGACAUUAAAGUAGCUAAAAGUUACGCUGCGUUUAUCGUCCCUCAAGGAAGGGACACUGAUUGGAUCUUUGGCAGUUCCGAAGGUAGACAAGAACUGCUACAAAACGUGUCGAAAGACCGUUUGGCCGUGGUAAUUUUAAGACGAGAGCACAGUUUCGAGAGCAUGGAAAAAGUAAAGCAAGAACUCGGGCCGAGUAUCAAAAACUUUGCACCAUCAGGAUUGGCCGCUAAUUACGUUAUCGACUUUUUGUCACUCGGUGCGGACGUUGGCCAUCGCGAAAUUCGAUGCAAGGGGGAAAGCAAGUUAAGCGGUCCUUACGUCGUCGAAGAUGUUCUUGGAGACGAGGGACCCAAUCUUCGACGACUCAUUUUUUUGAACAAUCAAUUUAUCGUCCAAAGCGAAGCUAGAUUAAAAUUGGUAAAAAAUCGGCACCGUGAUAAAAAACAUGGUUCUUCAAGUUCCCAGUCUUGGGUUCACGGUCGAAGAAAAUUUACAGUCGAUCACGGUUUCCUGGCUUGCGAGCAUCAUCCUUACAUGUGCGUUGGUGCGACUGCAGCGAUAAAUGUAGACGCAACUAGUGAAAUUCUCGUGGUGGGAUUAGGAGGCGGGAGUCUUUGCACUUUUUUACAUCAGUGUUUCCCGAAGGUCAAAAUCACGGCUGUCGACAUAGACGAAGAAGUUUUGCGUAUAGCGACAAGUUGGUUCGAUCUGAAGCUCGACGAAAGAAUGAAAGUGGAAAUAACGGACGGGAUAGAAUUUGUAACGAAAGCGUCGAAGGAAGGGAAAAAAUUCGAUGCGAUUUUAUUGGACGUUGACAGCAAGGACACGACGAUGGGAAUGAGUUGCCCGCCAAAAAGUUUUUUGGAAACUCAAUUUCUCCAAGCAUCGUCGAAUUGUUUGAACGAAAACGGUUAUUUCGUUUUGAAUUUAGUGUGCAGAGACAAGAGUUUGAGGCCUAGUAUAGUGAACGAUCUAGAAACUUCAUUCGGCUCGAUAAUGACAUUCAAAUUAGAAAAUCACUUGAACGAAAUCUUCGUUUGUUCGAGAAUACAGCGAAAAGCAGUUGAUUUUAAAAGCCUGAUGGUUCGAGCGCUUGAAACUUUGAAUAACCAAUCAAAAACUAAAAAACUUUCGUCUCAUGAAUUAAUUGAUGUUUCGAGUCUCCUCGAAACACUCAACGUUCGAUAAUGCUUACAAAAUAUGAAAAUUUUACAAACUAUUCAGUUUUCAUAUCAAUUUUGUAUCGAAACUGACGGAAAUAUAAAUCACUCUUUCUAAUA